AUGUCAAAGAAGAGUGCUAGCAGCCGAGCUAAGGGAGAAAAACCUGAUGCCUUAGCUGCCUUACAAGCUGCCAAUGAAGAGCUCAGGACAAAACUCACAGACAUUCAAAUAGAGCUCCAACAAGAAAAGAGUAAGAUCAGCAAGUUGGAAAGAGAGAAAAACCAAGAAGUUAAACAGAUCAAAGAGCAUGAACAGCAUAAAAACACAGUGUUGGUAACGGAACUUAAGGCCAAACUUCAUGAAGAGAAAAUGAAGGAACUCCAGGCUGUUCGAGAAGCACUUUUGAGACAGCAUGAAUCUGAGCUUCUUAGAGUCAUAAAGAUUAAAGAUAAUGAAAACCAGAGAUUACAGGGCCUUCUUAAUGCUGUACGAGAUGGGGCUCCUGAUAAGGUUAAAACAGUGCUUUUCACAGAAGCGAAAGAGGAGGCCAAGAAAGGGUUUGAAUCUGAGAAAAUAAAAAUGCAGCAAGAAAUUUCAGAACUUAAGGGGGCUAAGAGACAAGUGGAGGAAGCCUUAACUUUGGUCAUUCAAGCUGACAAAAUUAAAGCAGCAGAGAUAAGGAGUGUGUAUCACUUACACCAAGAGGAAAUCAGCAGGAUCAAGAGAGAGUGUGAAAGAGAAAUUCGCAGACUGAUGGAGGAGAUAAAAUUUAAAGACAGAGCAGUCUACGUGCUGGAAAGAGAGUUAGGGGUUCAAGCCGGGCAUGCUCAGAGACUUCAGCUCCAAAAGGAGGCUUUAGAUGAACAACUUUCCCAGAUCAAAGAGUCUGAUCGGCAUCUGAGCAGCCCCAAACGGGAACUUCCUUAUGCAAGUGGUGCAGGAGACGCUUCAGAUCAUUCAGGAAGCCCCGAACAGCAGCUGGAUGAAAAAGAUGCCCGGCGUUUCCAACUUAAAAUUGCUGAGCUAAGUGCAAUCAUCCGGAAACUGGAAGAUCGGAAUGCAUUGCUGUCAGAAGAAAGAAAUGAGCUUUUAAAACGUCUAAGAGAAGCAGAAAGUCAGUAUAAACCUCUCCUGGACAAAAAUAAGCGUCUCAGUAGGAAGAAUGAAGAUUUAUCCCAUGCCUUACGUCGAAUGGAAAAUAAAUUAAAAUUUGUAACUCAAGAGAACAUAGAAAUGAGACAAAGGGCUGGGAUAAUAAGGAGACCAAGCUCUUUAAAUGACCUUGACCAGAGUCAAGAAGAAAGAGAAGUUGAAUUUCUGAGGCUACAAAUUAUUGAACAGCAAAAUAUCAUAGAUGAACUCUCUAAGACUCUUGAAACUGCUGGCUAUGUGAAGAGCGUAAUAGAACGGGAUAAGCUUUUAAGGUAUAGGAAACAAAGGAAGAAAAUGACAAAACUCCCUAAGAAGCCGGUUGUGGAGACAUUUUUUGGCUAUGAUGAAGAAGCUUCUCUGGAGUCUGAUGGUUCUUCUAUCUCGUAUCAAACUGACCGAACAGAUCAAACUCCUUGCACUCCUGAUGAUGACUUGGAAGAGGGCAUGGCCAAAGAAGAAACAGAACUGAGAUUUCGGCAGUUGACAAUGGAAUAUCAGGCUUUGCAACGAGCAUAUGCUUUGUUGCAAGAACAGGUCGGAGGAACAUUGGAUGCAGAACGAGAAGUUAAGACGCGUGAGCAGCUCCAAGCAGAAAUACACAGAUCACAAGCUCAAAUAGAGGACCUAGAAAAGGCACUUGCUGAGCAGGGACAGGACAUGAAGUGGAUUGAGGAGAAGCAAGCAUUAUAUAGAAGAAAUCAAGAACUUGUAGAAAAGAUAAAACAAAUGGAAACAGAAGAAGCUCGGUUAAAACAUGAUGUUCAGGAUGCUAAAGAUCAAAAUGAACUCCUGGAGUUCAGAAUAUUAGAGCUUGAAGAGAGAGAAAGAAGAUCACCUGCUAUCAACUUUCAUCACAUUCCUUUUACUGAGGGGAAAAGUCCUCUCCAAGUUUACUGUGAGGCAGAAGGUGUAACGGAUAUACUAGUAGCGGAGCUAAUGAAAAAGUUGGACAUUUUAGGGGAUAACGCCGUAAGUAAUCUGACCAACGAGGAGCAAGUAGUUGUCAUACAAGCAAGGACAGUUCUGACACUGGCUGAAAAGUGGCUACAGCAGAUCGAAGUGACAGAAUCUGCACUACAGCAAAAGAUGCUAGAUCUUGAGAAUGAAAAGGAGCUAUUUAGUAAACAAAAGGGCUACUUGGAUGAUGAACUUGACUACAGGAAACAGUCUUUGGAUCAAGCACACAAGCAAAUUCUGGAAUUAGAAGCCAUGCUAUAUGAUGCCCUGCAGCAGGAAGCUGGAGCCAAAAUGUCUGAAAUUCUUUCAGAAGAGGAGAAAAGCAAGCUGAAGAACGCUGUAGAGCAAUGGAAACGCCAAGUUAUGAGUGAACUCCGAGAGAGAGAUGCCCAGAUUCUGCGUGAAAGAAUGGAGCUCAUUCAACAUGCACAGCAGAGAAUUAAGGAGCUAGAAGAAAGAAUUGAAGGUCAAAAAAGACAGAUAAAAGAAUUAGAAGAAAAGACUACUGAGGAAGCUAGAAAUGCUUAUAUUCUUAUUGAGCAAGACAGCAUUGGUUACCAAGGUGAAAUAAAAAAGAAGACAUUACUAUUUCUAGAAGCCCAAAUAUAUAUUUUGUCACUGAAGACUGAGGAUAUAAUCUUUUUGACCCUUUUAGACAAUGAAUUAAGAUGUAUGGGAAUUUCUUAA